UUAAGGGACAGUGGAGCAAGUAAUUUCCACCCCACACCCAGGCACCAUGAAAGAGGGUCAUGAGGGUCAUAAUUUCAACAGGCAGAGUGUAGUGUAAUAACCACACAAGCACCAGGGCAUGUUUAAGGAUCAAUAACUUUAACAACUUUAUUGAGGACAGCCUCCCUUCUUAUACCAUUAGCUCUACAAGCGGUACUUUCCUACUAGCUAUUUGUUGGUUCACAACUUUGCCCAGCAACAGCAAACAUGUAGCAACUUCCAUAUCUUAAAGGUCGGAGAACAAGCAGUUUGAGACAGCAAGGCGUCCUGUGAAUCACCACUUCUUUGUUCCUUCUCACUUCUUUACAUUCCUCAUGGCUUCAUCCUCACGAGUCUGAUGUUAUCACCAAGCACAGGGGCUUGUAGACCCCCAUGGCAAUACUCCCACAGCAGAGCACCGAACUUGAGGCAUUUGGAAGGUGGUGAAAGUUGGGCAAAGAGAACGGAGCUUGGGAACGGAGUGGCCGAGACAGGUGGUGGCUGGUUGAGAUGCUACUCCCCAUUGUGACAGGAGGAAUUUCUGCAGAGUUAAAAGGGAGAAGAGGGCCUGUCUAACUAGAAGGAGUGAGAAGUUGGAUGGUCUUGGCCCCUUGGGACACCAAGGCUGCAGGCCCUAGUUAGAAGGGAGCACAAGCUGAGGAGGCACGCAGGGAGGGAACAUGUUGAGGGGAGCGUGAGGCAUACGAGCAGUCAGAAACGUUGAGGAACAAAGUGUAGGUGGGGUCAGGGAUCUGAGGAGACUGGAGAGAGGAGCUGGUUGGAGGGGUUGAGGCGUUGUACAGGUUUGGUAGAAGUUUGGGUUCCUGUUUUGGGGCUGAGGGAAGGAAUGGGCAGGCUUUCCUAAUAAAUAUUUUUCUUUGGAGCUUGGAAUGGAAUUUAACAUUUCUGAUUGGGGCUUGGAAUUGCAACAUAGCCAGUUCUCCCUGUGGUGGAUAAUAAGCUUUUUAUGGUCACUUGCACUAUAUUAGCUCAGCUGGCAGGAAAUUGUAGAACACCAAACAGUAGAGAGUGAUGAAGGAAGGAGGAUGGGAAAAUUCAGGCAGUUGUGUUUUAUUUGUUUAUUGUGUUGUGUGUUUUUUUAAGUAAAGUAAUAAAAUAUGAAAAAAAUAAACUACUUAGUGACACCAAUUGUAGAGAGCAGGCAGGCUAAAAGGUAAAAGCAAUCCUUGGGUCCAGAGAAAUCUAACUGAAGAAAAAGUAUUAUUUCUAAAGUAAGUCCUUUUAUUUUAAAGAAAAAAAGGAAAAAUAGAAGGAAAAAAAAAAAGCAAUUCCCUAUCUUUAUUUCUGUUGUAUGAUGGAUAAGCUUGCAGCAUAAAUUACAUGGAUUAACUGUAACUUCCUUUCUUUUGGUAAUCUUUCUGUCUGUACCUGCUUACUCAAGGAAAAAUAUAUUUUAGAAACUACCAACUUGAUAGAAAAAACAGCACAUGAAAAUCAGGCUGACAAAGCAGAAAUUUCACAUCAGGAAGCCCUAGCAGAAAAUGAGGAAUCCCACAGUGCUGACAAGCAGUUAAGCCUAAAACCUUGGGAAGAAAGGUAUGAAAGAAUGUGGGUUGAAAAUGAGAAAAGGGAGUUGAAAACAAAUUUUAAAAACAUUACAGCAGAGCUGAAGCAGCUGUUUGGUGAAGUUUGUGAACCUGUGAAAACUACUUCCUUUGUGGAAGAAAUGUCAGAAGACAACUUUAAUGAAGAACUGAAGAGUUUUCACGUUGCUUCAUCUGACGUGACAGAAUCAAAUAACAAGUUAGAAAGUAAAGGUGAAUUUGGAGAUACUAAACUUAAUGCAGACCUAAAAGAACCCAAAAUGGAAAUUGUAAUUGCAAGCCUUGGUGUUCUUCCUGAUCAAAAUAACUUAAAUGCAAACAUGGAAGAUACCUGGAGUACAGAUGAAAGAGAUUACACUAAUGAUGCAGAUAAUACAAAAGUGCCUCUAACGAAAGAAGAGGAAAAUAAAAUGUCUACUAUGGAAAUGGAAGAGAACAAGUAUGGAAGUAGUAGAAAUGCAGAGGGAAAUCCUGAAUACUCCCUGAGACACUGUUUAAAAACAAAUAUUUUGGAUGACAUUUCUAAUAUUCGUCCUAAUUUAAGACCUCCUUCUACAAAUGGUGAAAAUGCAUUUUUUGUAGGAGAAAGGAAAUUUGGAAAAGACUUCUGUCUUAGUGGCAAUAUUUCCAGAGACUACCUUAUCAAAAACAAUAAAAUAGGAGAGGCAGAAAUUGAAAGUAUUUUUGCAAAUUCUCAGCAACCUUGUGGCACUCUGAAAAGGAAUCUGGAUGAAGAACUAGAACAAGACGUGGAAAGAUUUAAGAGUAAGGUAGGAAUGCUGCAAAUAGUAUUCCUGGCUUUGGAGAAAGAGAAGGUACAGCUACAAAAAGAGGUUGAGAAGGAAAAAAGGAAGCAGAGACGUUUCAAAAUGCAGGCAGUGGAGAAACAAGAAGAUCUUGAUAAAUUAAAUACACCAGCAGGCAAUGCCAUUAAUCAGCAAAUGAAGCAAAAGCUUAAUCUCAGGAAGAAUGAAUGUUUGAAAACUGAGGAUGAAAAAAUAAUAGAAGAAAAGCACAAAAAGGAUUUUUCAUUUGAGGAAACUUCAAAAGUAAAUGAAAUGCCAAUAAAAAGUAAAUCUUUCCUGAAAGCAAAAGAUGUAAAAAAAAAUGAGAGUAAAAGACAGUCUUCAAAGCAGAAGGCUAAUCAGAGGAUGAGUUCUUCCAGUGGGAAUCAUUUUCAAGUACUGGAUGAUAGCACUUUCAGUGAAACAUCUCAAGAUGAAGAAAGACCUGCAGCAAAAACAGGGAGUGAAAAGAACACGGUCAGCGUACAAAUGGAUGUUAUGGAUAACCUUGAUUUAACACAGUCAUCUGACACAACUACAGAGGAUGUUGAAUUGCCAACUCCAACCUACAAAGAAGCUAUGUUGCUGUUAGAACAGCUUAGUGUGGAUCAUACAGGUUCUGUUAUUCUGUUGAAAAUUCAAAACAUACUUCUUCAAUAUGAACAGAUAAUAGAACGCGAAAAAAGUCGGUAUGCAGCUCUCUGUAGAGAAGUCAGGAAAUUGGAAAGUGAAAAAGAAGAGUCACAAUUAAUAGCAGAAGAGACUCAGGAUUUGAAAUCCAUAUUGGCUCACCAAGAAGUGGAAUGGAAAAGUGAUAUCCAAAGCCUUAAAUUUUCUUUGAAACAAGAAGAAGAAAAGAGGCUCAGAGUUGAAAUGCUGUAUGAGAAAACAAGAGAACAACUAAGAAGGAAAGAGGAUCAAUACUGUAAAGAGAUGGAGGAAAAACAACAACUUGAGUUGCACUCAGGGAAUCUACAAACAGAGUUAAUAACAUUGAGAAAGCUCUUGAAACAGGUUGAAGAAGAACGUGAUGAAACACAGAGACAGCUGUCUCAGGAAAAGAGUGCCAGAGCCCUGCAAGAAGGAAUUUUGAACAGCCACCUGUGGAGACAGAAGGAACUAGAAGAAGAGACGAGAAUAACCAUAGGAAAAAAUUCAGAGGAAUCUGACACUAAUGAAAGAGAAAAGGAUCUGUUGUACAAAAAUCAGUUACUGCAAGAUGAGAUUGCUAUGCUAAGACUAGAACUUGACCAAGUAAAACUUAGGCACCAGGAGGAUGAAGGAAAAUAUUUAGAGGAAAAUGAAACUUUGAAAGAAAAAAAUGAAGAUCUUAAAAAGGAACUUAAACUGAAUGAGGAAGCCUUAACACAAACAGUGUUUCAAUACAAUGGACAGCUGAAUUUACUAAAGACAGAAUCUGCAGUGCUAACUUCCAAACUUGAGCAGACUAAAGAAAGCAAAGACAGACUGGAGACAGAGAUUGAAUCGUUCCGUUCUCGCCUGAACGCUGCUGUUCAAGAUCUUGAACGUCAUCAGACAUCAAAAAGUGAUGUCGAACGAACAUUUCAGAGAGAACGUGAUGAAUGGCUUCGGUUGCAAGACAAGCUCCAUCAUGACCUCUCUGAUGUGCGAGAAACCAACAAGAGCUUGUCUCAGCAGCUGAGUAAAGCUGAAAGCAAAGCUAAUACUCUAGAAAAUGAGCUUCACCAGUUGAAACAAACACUUAGAGAAAAAACACUACUUUUAGAAAUGACACAAAAGGAAUUAAGUCAAGCCCAAUGUCAGGCAAAGGAAAGUGAUCAUGCUCGGCAACUUGAGAAAGAUCAAGUAAGCAAGUUUAUGAUAAAGCAGGAAUCCAUGCAGGAGCGAUUGGCCCAGCUCCAAAGUGAAAAUCUUUUACUCCGUCAACAGUUGGAAGAUAUGCAGAACAAGGGGAUCAUCAAAGAAAAAGUUGUGAAUGAUGUCCAGGACAGAUUUAAUGAUAUUUUCAACAAACUCAGAGCUGAUACUGAAAAGCAAGUUUACCUGAUGGAAGAGAGAAACAAGGAAUUAAAAACCAAGUGUACAGAUUUAAGAGAACAAGUCUUCAAAUACGAGGCUGACAAAGUAGAAAGAGAGGGUAUGGUCAGACAGCUGCAGCAGGAACUUGCUGAUGCUCUUAAAAAGCAGUCUAUGUCAGAAGCUGCACUUGAAGUUACUACGCACUACCGCAGUGACCUGGAGGAAGACAAACUGCGCUUGCAAAAGGAGUUGGACAGGGUUAAAACCAAGUUGCAGGAAUCAGAACAACAAUGUAUUCAGUCUGAGCAUUGUGUUCAUGACUUAAAGACUGUCUUAGAUAAUAAGGAAAGAGAAUUAAUAGCUUCUUCCCAGAAACUGCAAGACCUUCUGUUAUCAUCUUCUGGAACUAAUACUACUAUAAAACAACUGGAAGAGCAUGUGCAAAGGCUUGAAAUUGAAAAUGCCAGAUUGGAAGCCACAGCCAAACAACAAACCAACAGGAUUGAAGCCCUUCAGAAAGACCUGCAAACUUCUGCCUCAGUUCAUAAUCGCCUAGAGGACUUGAUAACUGGCUUGCGGACAACACAGACAACUGCAGAAGAGCACCAACAUCAGCAGAUGCAAAAGCAGAAUGUGCUGCCUCUGACAUCAAAAGACUCACGCAGUAUGUGGGAAGAGGAAUUGAAGUCAAGAACCCACCUUGAAGAUCGUCUUGCUCAGCUUGGCAGGGAAAAGGCUGAGCUCCUAGAACAGUGGGAGAGUGAGAGAAAGAAAGUGAAGAAGCUGGUAGAGUUGAAACGCCCAGUUGAGGUGCGUCUGGACCAGGAAAUGAAAAGAAACAUUGAACUGCAAAAAGAAUGUCACAGGUGCAAGAGGCUUCUGAACAGAGCUAUGAAGAAAAUCAGGAUGUAUGAGGCCAGAGAAAGAGAGUGCCAGUUUAAUUUCCAGGGAGAAAUGAAGAACAGGUAUUCUGAAAUGGUCAAUGAAGUUGGCAGAUUGAGAACAAAGGUUAGUGAACUUUCCCAGCAGCUGGAGUUGGAGUCUAAAAAAUGCAUGCAGCUGGAAGCACAAAAUCAGGAUUUGCGAGAAGAGCUGUCUGCUCUGCGUGGGAAUCACGAAAUACUGGAGAAGAGCAAAUGCCAGCUGAAGGAAGAAGUGGCAAACCUCAGACAUCGUUUGGAAACUAAUAUGGUGGAUCACAGCCAAAUAGAGCAAUAUAAAAGAGAGAUGGAAGAACGAGCUGGACAAGAAAUCAGACAAAAGCUACAAGAAGUCAAUUUGUUUUUGCAGACACAGGCAGCCUCCCAAGACAGGUUAGAACAAAUCAGAGCCAGCCAUCAUGCUUCACUGAGAAACCAGCUAAAGCACAGAAUUAAAGAUCUUGAAUGCGAGUUGGACAGGAUAAAAAAUACGCAACAAGACAGUAUUUUUCAAAAAGAAUCCACACAAGCAGAAGUGGAAAAAUACAAAGAACUGUAUCUGGAAGAAGUGAAAAUUAGAAGAUGUCUAGCAAAUAAGCUGGAAAGAGCUAAUGAGAGACUAGCAGAAGCCAACGCUAAGCUCCUUCAAGAGCGCCAUAGAAGCAAAUCUUUAAUUGCAAGCAGCAUUGUCGGUGGAGGUCUGGCUGCAAGUCCAGUUCUAUAUUCAACUGAACUGGGACAUCUUGGCAACAAUUUGGCACUGAACAGAAGUCUUAGUCUAGGAGGAAGCUUCCUAGGCACAACUGGGAAUGCAUUAUCGUCGAGAAACAGGGUUGAAGCCUAUGUGGCUAAGAUACGGCGGGAACUGGAUGAAAAAAUCACUAAAGAACUUGAACAAGCCACUGCUGAACUUGAAACUGGAUCUGCUGGAGCUUCUCCCAUGGUAUCUACUGAUGGAUCUUCAAAAAAUUUCAAUGUUGACCAGGAUCCCCUUUGCAGGGCAAUACAGGAGUACCGUGAUGUUUUAACCAAAAAUUAUCUUAUCUGAACAAAAUGCUAGGGAAAGGCACUAGGAAAUUUGUUUACAUAACAUAUCUGUUGUUUCCCAUCCCGUGGCUCAGAAGCAAAAACAUCUUCAUUGCAGUUUGAACAUAGAUUCUGUUAAAUAGAUGUCAAGCACACCGCACUUACUUGUUUUUUGAUGUAUAGUUGGUUUAUUCUGCACUCAAAAUAAGAACCAUAUCUGUUUUUUCUGACUAGCAGAAUGACUUAAUCUUGAUUCUUGAACUUUACAGAAUUCGAAGUGUUUCUUAUUAAAGUUAGAUGCGUUAUUUUGUUCCACUCUUGUUCAGUGUUUUAACAAAAGCAUUCCUUUUGUUCUGUUUAAUAAUACUUUCAUUCUAUGUGUUUUAGUGUUUCCAGUGUUAUUUUAAUGCUUAGGAUAUUAUUUGAUUGGCUUUUUGUCUGCUGCUCCAGUCCUGAUGCAGUGAAUAUUUCUGUUGAUGAAGUGAAAGUUUUACCACUGUUUAAGCUGGAAAACAGGGCACUUUAUAUUGCUGUCACUUUUAUGUCCCCUAGGCUUAAAAAUACUGUGAGUGUAUAGUAGUGCCAAGAAAGCUUUUAUGUGGUAUGUUUGUUUUGGUAUCCAUGUUGGUUUUUGUAUUAAAACUUGCUUCAAUUUCAGACAUUUCCAGUUGCUAGAUGAACACCUGUGGUGAACCUGAAACAGUCCCUAUAGG